GUCCCUUCCGAACAAGUCUUCUCUUCCAGCAAAGAGAUAUGCGCACUUCAGUGUGCCAACCUCUCACCAUCAGUUCUCGAGGCCUUACAAAUGCUCAAGUUCUCUUACAAGCAAGACCGGUUGAAUUUCACGUCCCAUUUCAUUGCUGAAGAAGCGGGUUACAAUAUUUCGGGACCUGUAUCUAGGAAUGCCAUAGACGAGCUUGUGGAGGCAGGCAAGCUAGAUGAACUUGCUGAGCAUUCCGCGAAUGAGAUUGAGGAUGAGACUUAG